CUCCUCGCAGACAUCUCAUCGGCUACUUUACACCCAUUGAAUCGCGCCUCCAAUUACAUAUGUACUCAUGACUGAGAGGGCCGUGCCGCGGAAAGUAUACAUGUACUCGGUGCGAAAGCACUUCGGACAAUGACAAUGCCUCCCGGGCGGCCCCGUCUCGACCUGGAGCCCUUCAAGGAUGAAAUCAUUGCGGCGUUCAACCGGCGCGAAACGGUCGAGAGCAUGUUAAAGGGCCUCGCCGCAAAGGGAUACGAAGUCAACGGCAAGACGUUCCAGCGCCGGCUCCGAGAAUGGGGGCUUUACCGGUAUUCCAAGACGCCCAACAAGAAUAAUGGACGAAAUAGCACAGCCGGAGCAGAAGCAGCAGCAGCAGGUCAGUCGAGCUUCAGCGCGCGAGCGAGCGCACCGGCAGCGGCAGCGAGCACGGUGCAGAGCAGCAGCGCAGCGCAAACCCCAGCACCAAGCGCGACGGCAUCCGUCACACAACCCCCCGCCUUGCAGCCUAUCACGCAACAUGAAGAGAGGCCCGGCUCCUUGCCGGACGAAGACGACGACGACUCUUCAGAAAGUAUUCUGUCAUCAGCUUCAUCACCAAAGGCACCGCGAAACAACUCUUUACUCUUCAACACAUAUCUCGAAAGAUUGAGACCGCUACCGCAGAGUUCCGUGCCACAACUAAACAUGUCUCAAAAAGUCUGGACCCGCCAACACCCCGCAGGCUUCGGCUUGGAGAAGUCCCUCGCCGCUAUCCGCGACCCUGCCGCCGCUCCGACUCCGAUCCCUUCGCCGCCCCGCGAUGUCGAAGUGAUUCAGCAAGAGUGUGAUUCCAUCACUUUUCAGUCCUUUACGUACGAGGAUGCGUUUGAACUAGGCCACCUCCUGCACGCCCGCCUUCUUCCCUUCGCCCUCGUCAACAGGAAGCCCACAGUCAUCUCAAUCGCACUGGCAAACAGCCAGCAAGUCCUCUUUCAGACGGCCGUCGGAUCCGGCUCGCUUCCCGACAACGAGACGUGGGUACAGCGCAAGCGCAACGCCGUGCUCCGAUGGGGCUGCAGCACUUGGCUACUCCACAACAAGAUGGAUGGCAAUGAGCAGCUUUUUGCGUCAAAGUUUGGCAUGAGCACGGAGCAGGCGGGAAAAUAUGCCAUUCAUGGCGGCGGUGUGCCUAUCCGUGUGCAGGGAGUUGAGGGCGUGGUUGCUGUUGUCGUUGUUAGUGGGUUGAAGCAGGAUGAGGAUCAUGGUGUGAUUGUUGAUGUUAUCAAGACUCACUACCAAUGAUCGCGAAGACAAGCAGCGAUUAUGAGGAGCAUUCUAAAGGUGUUGAUACCUAGGUUCAACAGGUCCUACAGAGACGACUGAGACUCGUCUAUGAUAUCCAGUCGCGUGAGCUAGGUAAUCACAGCUUAUCCCAUCAACUGCUAGAUGGCGUCAAUACAUUUGCACGUACAUUAUGAGGAGCAAUAAUGGCCUACAAAUUGAUCCGAC